GUCUUUCUGAAGCUGUCCAGCCAGCAACAACAACAGUCCGUCCGUCAGACCAUUCCUCAUGGCAACAAUCGUCAUGGAGCAGAUUGGGCGUCUGUUCAUCAACCUCCAGCAGGUAAGGGCGGUGCCCCAGAUGCUGACCAAGGCUGCCCCCUCCAUGCCCGGCACGCUACGGGACACCGAAGUUCCCGGGUUCUUCAGAGAGCGCUACAUCCACGCCGGCUACCGACCGCUCCACCAGGGCUGGAGGUACUGUAACAUGAUGUACUACAAUACCCAUAAUUCUAUGUACAACAUAUCCGGUUUUAUAAUAGUAAAGACGUCUCUUAAAGAAGCUAACAUAAUAGUGUCCCAUCUCCUGAUCAAUACAGGUACUACUUCCUGUCGCUGUUCCAGCGUCACAACGAGUCCAUCAACGUGUGGACCCACCUGCUGGGGUCUCUCCUGGUCCUGGUCAAGUUCCUCCAGCUGGCUGAAACGGUGGACUUCAUCCAUGACGCCCACGCCUGGCCCCUCCUCAUCCUCCUCCUGUCCUCCCUGACCUACAUGGCCUGCAGCACUGUAGCCCACCUCCUGGCCGCCAAAUCAGAGUUCUACCACUACUGCUUCUUCUUCCUGGAUUACGUAGGAGUGGCUCAGUAUCAGUACGGAAGCGCCGUGGCUCACUUCUACUAUGCUGUGGAACCAGACUACCACCGGUGGGUCUCCCCAGUCUUCAUGCCCACUGCCACCUUCCUCUGCUGCCUGUCCUGCCUGGGCUGCUGCUAUGGGAAGUAUCGCAACUACAGCCUGCGGGUCUGGGUCCGGAAGGUGGGGCAGGUGGUUCCCUCAGCAAUGGCCUAUGCCUGGGAUACCGGCCCGGUGUUCCACCGCCUCCUCCUCCGGUUCCUCUGGACCACGUCGCACAGUGAUGACAUCGCUGCCCCGGCCAGUGGCAUAGUCGGCGACCCGGCUAUAUUCUUCCAUGGGAGCCAGGUAGCCUUCUUCCUGUCCAGUGCAUUCUUCUUCACCAACCCCCUCCCAGAGCGUCUGUUCCCAGGCCACUGUGACUUCCUGGGGCAGGGCCACCAGCUGUUCCACGUCUUCCUGGUGAUCUGUACUCUCUGUCAGAUCCAGGCCUCGCAUCUGGACUACCUGGGCCGACGGCUGCUCUACACACAGCUACACGGACAGGGAGGUGCAGAAGCCACUGUCUAUCUGGUGCAGUAUGGAGCCACGCUGGUGGCCUGUGUCUGCAUAGCAGUCUUCAUGGCGAGGAAAGUAAAACGGUUGCUUAACUGCAGAGACAAGUCCAAAUGAACUGGGUAGAACACUGUGUAGGAGGGUAGGACACUUACAAUCACUUCCCAGUGGGCAAAACUGGUUG